AUGCUCGUCUGCCAGAAACCUUCCAUUCCUCCCCCAACACACCCUGAUCUUGAUGUAACCAACAACAGAGCAGCCUUUUUGUCUAAAAACCUUGUCCCACUGAACCAAGGAAGUGCUUCAUCUGUAACUCUGAAAGGGCUUCAUCAGUAUCAGGGUCAAAGACCACCGGAGCCCAUGGGUGUUAUGCAAGAGGCUGUUAUGAAGGGGCCCCAGGCUGCAGCAUCCAUCAGCCCGCCUCCCCGCUGCCCUGUCCGGCACUGGCUCUGUGGCUCAGCAGGUUGCGAAAGCCCCACGGUACAUAAAGCAUUCCCUGUCUGGGCACUGCCGCCACCAUCAACCCUUGGGCUCUCAAGAGGCUCCAGGGACCGGCACUGUCUGGACAGGAUGGCCCACAGAGAGAAAGCUCUGCCCUGGCUGCUGCUGCUGUCACUGGCCUUGCUGGGCAGCAGCACUGCAGAGCGGGACUGCCGAGUAAGCAGCUUCAAAGUCAAGGAGAACUUCGACAAGACCAGGUACAGUGGCACCUGGUAUGCUAUGGCAAAAAAAGACCCUGAAGGGCUCUUUCUCCAGGACAAUGUGGUAGCCCAGUUCACCGUCGAUGAGAAUGGACAAAUGACUGCCACUGCAAAGGGCAGAGUCAGACUCUUCAAUAACUGGGAUGUCUGUGCUGACAUGAUUGGCUCUUUCACUGACACAGAGGAUCCUGCCAAGUUCAAGAUGAAAUACUGGGGUGUCGCCUCUUUUCUUCAGAAAGGAAAUGAUGAUCACUGGGUAGUGGACACAGAUUACGAUACAUAUGCUCUUCAUUACUCCUGCCGCCAACUAAAUGCAGAUGGCACUUGUGCUGAUAGCUACUCCUUUGUGUUCUCCCGGGACCCCAAGGGAUUGCCUCCAGAUGCACUGAAAAUUGUCAGACAAAGGCAGAUGGAUCUCUGUUUGGACAGAAAAUACAGAGUUAUCGCUCAUAAUGGUCUAAUUGUUAUGUCACAUUUCAUGACAAGCAUAACUGGAAAAAGUACUGAUGAUGAUUUAGAAGUUUCAAAGAAGAGCAGAGAAAAUGAAUGA